GAUCAGUGGAGCUCGAGCGCGUCUGAAAGAAAACACGUCGGUGUGAAUGAAUCUGGACAGCUGUGUUGCAACACACAUACACUCAUACACACACUGUCAAAAAGUCUCCGCGUUGCAUUAAGGUGAAGAAGAGAUAUUCCAUUGGGUUGAUUGUCUGAGUGGUUGAAAUAUGGAAAUGAAUCAGCGCUGGCUCAGCAGUCCCGUGCUGCUCCUCCUUCACAUCCACUGCACUUUUGCUAUGUUCAUUCCCAACAGCACACACCUUGAAGCCAUAAUGGAGAGGUACAUGGAUAAGGAGGACUCAUGGUGGGAAUCCAGAUCGAGGGGCAAGAGAGCGAUCUCUCACAGCGACAUGCAGCUCAUUCUGGACCUCCACAACAAGCUCAGGGGUCAGGUUUAUCCUCCUGCAUCCAACAUGGAGUACAUGGUGUGGGACACUGAACUGGAGCACAGUGCAGAGGAUUGGUCUCGUACCUGUCUGUGGCAGCACGGCCCGUCUCACCUGCUCACGCAGAUCGGACAGAACCUGGGUGUGCACUGGGGCAGAGAACGACCUCCGACCUUUCACGUGCAGGCGUGGUAUGAUGAAGUUCAGCACUUCAGCUUCCCCUAUCCACAGGAGUGUAACCCGUACUGUCCCUACAGGUGCUCCGGACCUGUCUGUACACAUUACACACAGUUGGUUUGGGCCACCAGCAAUAAAAUCGGUUGUGCCAUUAACGUGUGUUACAAUAUGAACGUGUGGGGAAUGAUCUGGGCCAAAGCUGUCUACCUCGUGUGUAAUUACUCGCCACCGGGGAACUGGUGGGGUCAUGCCCCGUAUAAACACGGCCGGCCGUGCUCAGCGUGUCCGUCCAGCUACGGAGGAGGCUGCAGAGACAAUCUCUGCUUUAAAGAUGAUGGCAGUCAGAGUUAUUUAGCCCCUGAGCUGGAGGAAAAUAACUUCAUUGAGCCGGAACCUUCACACAGCCAUUCAUCUCCAUCUGCUGAUCACUCACACACACCAACAGUAACACCAGCACCAACACCACCACAGAACCAGGGCAUGGACAAGAAUGAGAUCAUCAGCACUGAGCAGAUGUCUCAGCAAGUGGAGUGUGAUGUAAAGUUACGGGAUUGUUGUAAAGGAACCACCUGUAACAGGUAUGAAUGUCCACCUGGUUGUUUAUACCGCCAUGGAAAAGUGUUGGGCUCAGGAUAUUAUGAUGUGCAAUCCAGUAUCUGCGGUGCCGGAUUACAUGCCGGGAUCAUAGACGAUGAUGGAGGCUGGCUUGACAUCACGAGAGUUGGCAAACGGACACGUUUCACCAAGUCGUAUGAAAACGGAGUUCAGACACUGGCGAAAGAGCAGAGUGCUAAUGCCUUCACUGUGCUGAAGGUUCCAGUAAAAGCGAUAUCCUGUGACAUGACAGUGUCUGAAUAUUGUCCUUUCAAAAAGCCUGUCACACACUGCCCAAGAUUGUAUUGUCCUCGUAAUUGCCUGUACAGCAGCCACGCCCGUGUGAUCGGGACCCGUUACUAUGCAGAUAGCUCCAGUAUUUGUCGGGCUGCGAUUCAUGCUGGUGUAAUUCAGAAUGAUUCAGGUGGAUAUCUGGAUGUGAUGCCGGUAGACAAGAGACGAACCUACAGAGGCUCACACCAGAACAGUGUUGCCUCAGAGAGCUUGCAGAAUCCCACAAGAGGAAAAGCGUUCCGAGUUUUUGCGGUGAUCUGAAGCCCUAGUCCAAGGACACAUGCCACUGCGGAGCAGAAUGGCCAACAAUAACAGCGUCCCUCAUGCUGGGCUAAAAAAACUCUCAACAGACAAAAAAAGACAUUAACGCCAACCAUAUGGCUAAUGGGGAAGCAGCAGACUUCAGCUCUGUGUACAUGUUCUGUAUAAUAUCAUGUUGUGAAUGAUUCUUACUCUAAAAGUUUCUGCAGAAGGAUAAAGAGGCCAGGCCUUAUUUUCUUCUGUCCUGUUCUAUUAUCGAAAAAAAGUGUUAGCAUUAGCUAGACAGUGUAGUUUUCCAGGUUUUAUCUGAAAGUUCUUUGUUAUUGUAAAGUAGCUGUAGCUCAGUCUCCUUCUGCCACACUUUAGCCACCAAGCUGUAAAAACCUGCCUAAGAACUUACUAGCAAACCUGCCAAAUGUUGGCUAGCAUACUGUUGAACUUACACAUGAUUAAUUUGUUGCUAGCAGUUUAUGCAAUAGUUAGCUUGAUAGAGUUGUUUAAAAUAACACUUAAAAUACAUCUCAGCCUAACCUUACUGAGUGUUUCAUUAUAGUUAGCACAAGAGUUUUAACUUAAUAAUACUUGAUAUAUUAGUGUAUCUAUGACUUUAUACAUCAGUCUAACUUUUGCUGAACAUUGAUAGCUACUAGAAAGGUAACAGAUUAGAUAAUUAAACUGUUAGUUAAGUUAAAGAACCAAUUUGUGCCUUAAUUUAAAAGUUCUUCAUUCAUAGUGUAAAUUAAUUUAUAGAUAAAAUUAAUAUCUAAAUCAUCUAUGUUCUCAAAAUUACUAAAAACACAGUUUCAAUGGUGAUCAAAUAAAAAGUUAAUCAAAUUAGAAUGGCUGUGAUAGCUACAAAGAAGCUAGUGUUUGCUAGGUGUUGUGUUUAGGUACAUGGCUAAACGUUGAUUCUAAAUUUGAUUAUGUUAAUUCUGACAUAAAACCAAUUCUGGAUUGAACGGUGUAGCUAAUGCAUGUCUGAAGCAUGUCUCAGUAAAAUAUCACCAGGAUCAUGUUCAGGAUCAUCAAUACGUUCAGGAUCACAGGACAGGAAAAAGACAGAAAAUUAGCAUGGCCUCUUUGGACUUUUCUAGACUUUUUUGUUAACAAGUUCUUUUUUUAAUUGUAUAAAUGCCAUCUAUCUGUAAAUAAUGGGAUCGAUUACAUGCAACCAAUCUUGCCAGUUUAUUAGGUAUAUCUACAUUCUCUCUAGACUUCAUGUCAUCGUGUAAAAGUCACUCUGUAUUUGUCAGUGCUGUAGUGGGGAUACCAACACCAUACAAUAAUUUGCUGCUAAACCCCACCCUUUUUGAUCAAUGAACAGGGUGUAGAGGGGUGCCAAUACAUUUGUGCAGAGCAGCAGUGCGUCUAUAGUGUAGGUGAACCUGAUAAACAGGCAGCUUGGUGUAUCUAAGCCCUAUUAACCCUAUUGAGUUGUUUUCCUUCUAUGAGGUUACGACUUUAUGAUAAUGAAGUUUCUAUUUUUGUACUGUUUUGUAUUCCUGCCGCAGUGGAGUUGGACCUGGCAGGCCAGGAAAAAAUCACAACACGCUAAACAAAAUACAGAUUAUUUCUUACAAAAAGAGAGAAACGUACGAGUGUGAACGCAGGGUGAGGGGAACUGACAGUGAAACGUUACUUUAAGUAUUUAUUAUUCUUCCAUGCUGAAUAAAGCCACACUGUCAGUGGGCAUGUGCAGAUAUUUGUUUUUAAUCACACAGUAAAUGAACAUAUGUCUUUAAUAACACUACACUAAUAACACAUUAUUACUGCACAUUAUAUAGGUUAUAUUCAUCUUUAAAUGUAAAUGCACACACAAAACACAGUAUCAUGAGGAUGGAUAUAGAUGAGAAAAUCUCUGAUAUAUGUUCAGGAAAUCAUAUAUUUUAUAUAAAGUGUUAAAUAAAAUCCAUGAAAUUCAAA